GUUAAGAUGGCGAUUCGGAAAUGUUCACACGCAAACUAAAUACAUUAGAGAUUUAUUAAAUUACGGUUAAACUGUAAAAGAAAUAAAUUGUAAAAUAAAUUUAAUAAUAAAAGGAAUGGAAAUCAAAAUUUAUUGAUUGUUUUUGCUAAACAAAAUAUAUUGUAAAAUAUAGUGAAUUUAUUAUGUAUAAAUAAUAAAAAAGUGUUUUAAUUUUACUCAAUGUGUGCUAAUAAAAUAUGUUCAGUGUUUAGUUAAAUAAUUAAAUUAAUAUAGCAAAAAUUGUAAAUGAAAAAGAGAGAAGAAAAAAAUUAAAGGAAAAUUUUUACAAGGUGUGUUUAUAAUUUCCAAGUAAAUGGCAAAUGAUUAACAAGAAAUAGUUAAGUGAAACAAGCCAAAAGCGAAAAAAAAACAUAAAAAAAUAAAUAAAUUUUAUAGUAAAAAAAGAAGAACCACAUACAAUACAACAACAACAACAAAAGAGAAAUACUACAUAAUAAAAUUUAUAUAAAAAAGUUUUAAGAAAAAUACAAUAAAAAGUUGUUUACGUGAUAAAGUGAGGUGUAUUAAAACAUGCGGUAAAGAGAGAGGAAGUUAACAGAAGAAAAAAAAAAAACUUAAGAAAGCGGCGAAUACUAGUAUAGUGGGCAAUAAUAGUAACAACAACGGAUACAACGCUUACAGCAACAACAACAACAUCAAUAAAAGGUAAAAUUAGCAGAAAUUUUGAAACCACAAUAAGAAGCUGUUAUUUCUAUAUGAGUUACACUUAACAACCAACUAGUUAAAACAAAAGAGAAAUAGAAACACAAAUGUCAAUGGAAAAUCCCCAUAAUUUUGUAUAAAAAACGUUUUAAUUAUAAAUUCAGAUGGGUCACCGUUUUAGUAAAACUGCUGCAAAUAAUAUUGCUGCUAAAACAACGACAACAACAACAACAACUACUACAGAAAAAGCAUUUACCACAACAACAAAUAUAAUACCUAUACCUAACGGUAAUCAACAGCAACAACAACAAUUUGUAGGACCCACUAUAAAUUUACAAAUACAAGAAAGUCCUACCACCACUACUACCUGUAGUGGAAGUAACGAUAAUAAUCUUAUAACAACAACAGCUGGCAUUUUACAGCAAACUAAUAGUAUUAGCAAUAGUUUAACAUCAGUUAAUAAUUUAUCGUGUGGACGUCAGAUAAUCAUUAAAAUUCAAUUGGCUAAAAUGGAAAACGGAAAUGAAACAUCAUUAUCACAACAACAACAACAACUGCAACAGGACACUAGCACUACUACUACUAAUAAUACUACCACUUCCUUGGAAAGUUUAACAGCUGAUUGUAAUCUCAAUUCCCGAGAAUUAGCCACAACAACAACAGUAACAGCAGCGGGUACACAAUUUUUAAAUCUUACCUUAAAUGGUAGUAGUAAUCCUCCUUCAUCAUUGUCUUCAACAACAUCAUCAUCAUCUUCUGCUUCAUUAUUUAGAACUGCUGGCAGUUCUUUGAAUAGAAAUAAUAAUUAUUUGAAUAAAAAUAGUGGCACGACGAGUUCAGGUGCCAUGUCAAGACUUGAACGUCCGGAACGUUUUAAUUCUUUACAAUUCAAUGAUGAAAUUGUCGAACAAAAUAUUGGUGAAAUUGUUGAGUAUUGUGAAGUUUUGGAAGAUCAUCAUCAACUACCACAACCUGGUAGUAGUUCGCAUAUGCUAGCAAUUAAUGAAGAACCAGAUAAUAACGAGGCAAAUGUUUGCUGUCGACGUAAAUCAAAGUCUUUAGCAGCAAGUGGAAGUUCAAUGUCUUCCAGCAGUAAUAAUACGGGUGCGAAAACGAAAAGUCGUUGUCGUAAAUGUAGUUGUCGCGAUGCAUUCAGACGCUUUUUAGAUCCCUCACUAUCAAGAUCAUCAAAUAAGGCCAGCAAACAACAGCAGCAACAACAGCAGCAGCAACAGCUUAAAGAACAAAAACGUAACAAAUCACAAGAUAGACAUUCCAUUAAUAAUCCACUGGUUAUAAAUAAUACAAAUAAAGCUACAUUACAACAGCAACGUAAUUCCAUGCAUUCCACCACCACCGCCACCAUCAUGAACACAAAUACACCAACAACAAGACCCCCAACAAGUACAGCAGCAGCUGCUGCUAUAGUUGUACCCCCUGCAGUAAGCAAUCAAGUAGCAUUAUGGGGCCCGGCCACUACCACAAAUGGCAGUGAUGUUAUUAUACCCCUAACAACACCAGCACCAUCACAAUUUGUUGUGCUACAAUGUGCUAUAGUAAAUCCCUCGAAUGCAGCUCUACCACCCCUACCAAAUGCCCACAACCCCAACACCUCCAAUUCUUGCUUAAACAGCAAUGGUUUAUUAUCAAUUACACAUGAUCUAACACCCUCUUCUGCCUCCUCUUCCUCCUCCUCCAAUGAUUUAAUGGUUAAAGUUCCUUCCAAUCCAACAAGACCUGCGCCAGCUGUUAGCGGUCCCACAGGACCCAUUGUACAUUCACAAGUAGAUUUUGUUCACUACCUAGUGCCCGAUUUGGAACGUAUUACCAAUUCCAGUUUUUAUUGGGGUAAAAUGGAUAGAUAUGAGGCUGAACGUUUGUUGGAGGGUAAACCAGAGGGUACUUUUCUGCUGCGCGAUUCGGCCCAAGAAGAAUUUCUAUUUUCAGUAACAUUUCGUAAAUAUGGCCGCUCUCUGCAUGCUCGCAUUGAACAAAGUGAUCAUCGUUUUAGCUUUGAUUGUCAUGAUCCUUGUGUUUUUACCGCACCCACUGUUACCGGCCUGCUGGAACACUACAAGGAUCCCGCCUGUGUUAUGUUCUUUGAGCCCAUGCUAACCAUACCAUUACAUCGUAAGAAUUGCUUCUCCCUGCAGAAACUAUGUCGUGCCACAAUUGUCUCGAAUACCACUUACGAUGGUAUCAAUGAAUUAGAAUUACCGGCACGCCUCAAAUCAUAUCUAAAGGAAUACCAUUACAAGCAAAAACUGCGCGUUAAAUCCAAUGAACCCACCUAUACCAUACACUGUAAAUAGUGUAAAGAUAUAACGGCUAAUAUGAGCCGUCAACAGCAAGAAUUUCUACCCAUAACAACGUAUCACAAGGCCUAUCAUGUGGCCAGAUAUCAAUAUGAACGUGAUACAUAUCAUCAGCGUUUAAUUAAAUGGUACGAUGACAAGUUGCGUUCAUUGGAGGAACACAAACAAAUGCACACCAAUAAAUGUGUGAUUUUCUAAAAAAAAAAAAA